GGGCCGUAAAGCGUGAUGUACCGGUGUACCAAUUCCAAACGAAAAAAUCUGCAGAACGACUUUGAGCUCAGGGUACGACUGUAAACAGCUCGGCAAAAACUACCAGUAUUGCUUCUUCAUCACUACUAGCCAUCAUCCGCACCAUGGUCAAAGAGGACGAAGAGAUUACCGUGCCGCCUCUAGUAGUAGGGUUGGAUGUGGAAGAGGAAAUUGUGUUGGGGACGGCGUACCAGAAGGAGGAUGGUGAUGUUUUUGAUGAAGAACCAGAAAUUGUGGUGGAACCGGAAGAUGAUGAAUUGAUCUCCAUUAGUCAGUUGGUGUGCCAGGAAGAUGAAAUUGUGGUCAUGCCACCCAUCGAGCAGUCCUACCCACUUCAGCCAGAACCGAGGCAGUCGGUUCGGAGAGAUCGUACGGACGAAAAGCCACCAACAGACGACGCCUCCUUGUUGGAAGCCAAGCGCCGCAUCGCCUUUCCCGCCUCCAAACCUCCGCAAACCAACACGAAAGCCACCGCCACCGCCAACACCGCCCAAAAUACUACUACGCAGGCAGAACCAGCCUCUCUGGCCAGAGGAUCCUCCGAUCCAGACAGAAACCUUGCCGUGGCGCUGAUCGAACAGGAUGUCGAGGCUCAAACCAAGCGCUCUUCCGUAGACAAGAACGACCAGAAUCCUCUGGUAGUAUUUGUCACGCAAAAGCGAGCUGUUCCUGAUCCAAAACUCACCACAGCAUCACAGCAUGGUCUCUCGAGACAUUCAAGGAGAUCAACACUCACUGGUGGCUGUGAGAAUCAAUCAUCCCGAAACAAUGGCAGUACUACUGCCCAAGAACCCAAUGGUACAGCAGCCAUCGCACGACCUUCUGCCCUCACUCGCUCGGAACGACGACAAAGCGUGGAAGAAAAAUUUCGACUACGGGAUGGAACAACACACAGUACAUCAACAAUGAACAGAUCAUCCUUCCACAAUGCCAGUUGCCAGUCCGUCCAGCAGCAGCAGAUUGGCAGCAGUCUUCCUCGACCCAAUCCACUCUCACGUGCCGAGCGACGGCAAAGCGUCGAGGAAAAGUUUCAACUGCACAACGGACGCAAUGGUCCAACAACGACGCAUGCGGUAUCCUCGGUCCGCGGUUCUGCUAGCCAGCAACGAAAUAGUACAAUCUCGAGACCUUCCGUACUGUCACGUUCGGAACGACGGCAGAGUCUGGAAGGGAAAUUUCGCGAACGAACCGAAAUUGUACAAACUGCAGGACAGCGUCAAAGCAGCCAACGGGGGCGUAGUCGAUCGCUCUUGGCCAGUUUCCCUGGUGCCUAUAAUUAUUCGGUGGAACCAGGCAACACCACCACUUUGCCCGAGGAGCAUCGCAACAGCAAGUUUUACAAGUACAGGACACGAUCCGUGCAGAGACUAAUGGACGAACAGGAUCGAGCCGAGAUGGGUGGCGGGCGUUCCAGGCGACAUUCCGAGGGUGCCGUCGUCACCACUACUGAUUUGUUGGCAACAUUGGAACAGCCCGAAUGGAUUGCGGAAACAACAAACACAACUCGCGUCGGGUGUGUCCAUGUGCAUGGACCGGGAUACGUGGAGGGAUCGGAAGCCACGUACGAUAAUAUUGACGAGGAAGCUUCACGAGUGGAAGCAAAUCCUAGUACUGGUACCACCGGCGCCAUCCUUGCUCCAGGUCAACGGCCCAGUUGUCGUAACCUGGCCGUGGCGCGGGCAGUGUCCGGCCAGAGUACCCUGGCAUUGCCCAUGGCCGAUGAAAUCACAGUGGAUCGCCAGACGCCCGCCCGAAAGCGAAACAAUAUGCAACGUAUGAUUGUCAGAGGAGGUCUUGUCUUGACGCUCUUUGUCAUUUUGCUCGUGAUCAUCAUCAUCGCAAUUGUCACUCGAAACAAUCGCAAAGCACAUGCAACACAAACAGUAGGAAAUACGACAUCUACAUCGGAAACAUCCUCGAAGCUGGACCCUAUACAAGAACAUUUGUGGUCGCUACUCCCCGACUCUACACGACAAAGCAUUGCCUCAUCACAAGAGUCGCCACAGGCAAAGGCACUCGACUUUCUGCAGAAUGAUCCUGGUCUGACAAACUUCACAGCUGCCCGAAUCAGACAAAGGUUUGCUUUGGCUGCUUUCUACUACUCCACUGGAGGCCCUGAACAUUGGGAUAUCACAGAUGGCUGGCUGAGUUACAAAGUUCACGAAUGCCAGUGGUGGUCGCGAGGUUCACCGUCUAUUCCAGGAGAAACCUAUGAUGCCGCCACUGCAGAAACUUUCCAGCAAUACUCCAGUCCCUGUGGCGCCACAUACAAUAAAAAUCCCGGCUCUGUGGAUGACUUCACUGUCAACAACAUUGGCACCUACGAACACUUGUGGCAAUGGGGCAACGGCCUCCAUGGAUCCCUGCCACCAGAGCUCUUUUGGCUAUCCUCGUUGAAAAGCAUCUCAAUAGCCCCGCAACUACUCGAGUUGAAUGCCACAACACUGACAGACAAAAGAGACCGCUUUCUCUCCGGAUCCCUGCCUUCCGAAAUCGGCGACUGCACAAGCCUCGAGGUGCUUUUGCUGGCCAACAAUUUCAUCAAUGGCACACUGCCACCACAGCUGUCUCAACUUACCAGCCUCUCUUAUCUACGGCUCACUCAGAAUGAUUUGUCGGGUUCAAUCCCAGAGGAUCUUGAAUUGUUGAAGUCUAUGAGAACUCUCGAUUUGUUCUGGAAUCGACUCUCAGGGAGUGUCCCGUGGUCUGGGAUACUUGCCAUGAACAAGCUGGUGACACUUCAUCUCGGACGAAACUCGCUGGAUGGUAGGGCCCUUCCAGAUAGCAUUGGUCAACUCACCAAUCUGCAGUCGCUCUGGUUGUUUUCUAAUGAUCUCACUGGACGCAUUCCUGCAUCCAUUGGGAAUCUGAAGAUGCUGAGAUCUCUUCUGUUGGGUGAAAAUAAAGUUGGUGGAAGUAUCCCACCUCAAAUUGGCAACUUGGUAAACUUGAGUUUGAUCCGGCUGGAGGAAAAUCAGAUAACAGGGAGCGUUCCUGACUCCAUUCAACACUUGACAAAUCUGCAGCGGCUGAUGCUAUAUCGCAACCUCCUAUCAGGGACAGUUCCAAGCCAAAUUGGGAUGUUGAAACAAUUAUAUGAUUUCCAGUGGUUCUCCAAUUCAUUGACUGGCAAGAUUCCUUCGGAGAUAGGUCUCUGUUCCAGCUUGGCUGCCAUUUGGAUUUUCCGAAACCACUUCACAGGAUCACUGCCAACUUCUAUUGGUAUGCUUGCAAAGAUGCUGAACAUUGAUGUUGCCAGCAAUUCGUUUGAUGGACGGUUGCCCUCUGAGCUAGCCUUGCUGACAGAACUGAAGGAAAACCUUUCUUUGGGAAGCAAUUCUUUCUCAGGUUGGCUGCCCACAGAGAUCUUUCGUUUAACUGACUUGGCUAAGAUAUCCAUUGACAGCAAUCUCAUCUCAGGAACCAUUCCAUCUGAAGCGGGGAAGCUGCAGGGCCUGACUCAAUUAUCGAUGAGUAAAAAUGCUUUUACGGGCAGUGUUCCUUCAGAGCUUGGCCAGAUGACUGGACUUCGGUUUUUCGACCUGGGUGACAACCCACAGCUGACAGGGACUCUGCCUCAUCAGCUUCUCAACCUUCUAACAAGUCCCAACAGUACUAUACGUCGAUUUGACAUGUGUGGUACAGAAGUAUCACAUCCCGUUGAAAACGAGCCACAGUUGUGUCAGUUGGAUUCUGUCUGCUUGCCAGGAUGCUAAGGUGCCAUCUAAGGUGUAAUAUAAGGAGCCUAUCCACUAUGAUUUUCCUGGGACUCAACUCAGGGGAUUCCACUUGCCACUUUUGAGGCAGGCGCACAAGUGCAUCUAAGCAAGCAAGAGAAAGAAUGCAUCAAGGAGGUUGGAUAGCAGAGCUGCCUUGGGCGUGUGGCGACUUUCCAAGGACGGCAACAGUUCUUGAAGCUGCACUUCAAGAUGUCAAAGUUACUGUAAAGGUAGCCGACGUAGGCACCGGGUUGUUGGAAGACCCAUUCAGUCUGGUGGACCUGCGAGACUCCUGCGAGCAACCAAACGUGAACCAGGGGACGGAAAAGCGUUCACGAACACUUCUGUAACAAUAUUACUGCAUGCAGCGCAGAUCAGCGGCAAUCUGCGUUGAACUUGCAUUACCAUGCCAAGAGCUUUCCGGAGGGUGAGGCAGUUUAUCAUCAGGCCUGGAGAUUGUGAUUGCCACGUGGGACAUGAAGUAUCUUUAGUAGUGCUUUGAGAGUAGUUCUCUCUACUCUAGAACUUGCCGUUAUUGUUUUUCCAUUCACUUUUAGGUGGAACAGACUCGAUCGUGUCCCAAUGCUCUGU